AUGAGAGAGCUGAGUGCUUUUUCCCGAACCGGUCUCUCCUAUUAUGACCAACGCUGGAUUCUGCCACACUAUUUCUAUGAUCUUCUUCUCGAAUUGCACGAUUGGAAGAUUGGCUAUCGAUUAGAUAUGGGGUUGGGCUUGAACCAUUGGAUGAAUGAGGUAAACCUAUGUCUCGCAGUUUGGGCGCGCCUUAACCGCUUUUUUCGGGUUGGCGGUCAACAGAGGCCGAUGAUCUCAUUAAAUUUAGCAAAUUCUACUUCUAUUCGGUUUCUCAAUCAUUCCCUGUUACAAUUCUUUCCUUUCCACCCAUCUCUGAAGUCUUUCUACUGUUUCUACUGCAUGGAACUACUCACUCUUGACGAUUUCAAGCACACAAAAUUUGAUCCCAACUGCACUCCUUUCCAUUACUUGCUAGAGGUUGCCAGAGUUGGCCAACAGAAACUGCACAACGGAGAAGAAAAGAAAAGGCAUGAUUCGUACUUGAAGUGUUUCCUGUACAAUGCACCACAACUUCAAACCCUGUGCGAAGAAGAGAAUAUGGGUUUCAAACAGGGGAAGAAUGUUGGUCUGAAAAGGAAACUCAAACUCAAAGAAGCAGAUGUUGAUGAAGAAUGGGGAGGACAGAAAUUGAAGAGAAGCAAGAAAGAGAAACUUGUUUGCGCAAUCCCUUCGCCAGACCUGCCCGAGAGCUUUAAACAACAUAUAGUUGAAAACAUGGGUGGCUCCGAUUGGGCUUUGGUGAUACAAAAGCAAGUCUUUUACUCUGACGUGAACCCUCAAGCCAGUCGCUUCUCCAUGCCGUUUUCACAACUCAAAACUCAUGAGUUUCUCAAUAAAACAGAGGCUGAGGAUUUGGAGGAUGCAAACAACACCUUGGAAGUGUGCUUGUUAGAACCAUCAAUGAAGGAAACUGCUGUGACUUUUAAAAGGUGGAAAUAUAGAGGGAAAAGUUCAAGCUAUGUCAUGACCCGCACGUGGAACUCUGUUGUCAAGAAUAACCGACUAAAGAUUGACGACAUUGUGCAGCUCUGGUCUUUCCGGGUGAAAUCAAAGUUGUGCUUUGCACUUGUAAAAGUCCAAUACGAUCAUAAAAUAACAUCAUUCAUGACAACGUUAUGGUUUUUGGAGAUCAAUUGA